UGGACAGGAGCGACACAGGCGUCUCCGCUCCCCUUUUCCCCUUCACUGUAACGCAACCCAAACCUGCGGAUAACUGACUCUGUGCUGGUAAAAUGAACCGCGCUUCUAUUUUUAAUUAAGACAUCAAGCCAAGACAAGGAGGCCUUUGACGGACAGCUGUCGGACUGAUGGCUCCGGAGUGACAGGCCAUGGCAUUGAUGAUCCCCCCCGUUAAACUAAAAUGGCUGGAGCACCUGAACAGCUCAUGGAUCAGUGAGGACAGUGAAUCCAUCGCCCUGCGGGACGGGGUGUCGCUGCUCUACUCUAAGCUCUUGGCCAACAAAGAGGUGGUGCUGCUGCCCCAGCAGGUGCUCUGCCUUAAGGGUCCCCAGCUGCCUGACUUUGAGCGGGAGUCUCUCUCUAGCGAUGAACAGGAGCAUUACCUUGAUGCCCUGCUCAGCAGCCAGCUGUCCCUGGCCAAGAUGGUCUGCUCUGACUCGCCCUUCGCUGGCGCCCUACGUAAGCGCCUGCUGGUGCUCCAACGCAUCUUUUAUGCACUCUCCAACAAAUACCACGACAAGGGCAAGGUCAAACAGCAGCAGCACUCUACAGAGAAUACCUCUGGUUCUGCUGACCUGCACUCGGUCAGCGAGCGGCCUCGUUCAAGCACUGACGCGCUCAUCGAGAUGGGCGUCCGCACGGGUCUCAGCCUGCUCUUCGCUCUGCUGAGGCAGAGCUGGAUGAUGCCCCCCCUGCCGGACCCUUCCAUCAACACACGGAGCAACAUUAACCUGUGUAACGAUGUGAUCCACACAGCCAUUAACGUAGUCAGCUCCCUGCCCCCCCUGUCUCUGGCCAACGAGAGCAAGAUCCCUCCCAUGGGCCUCGACUGCCUCACCCAGAUCACCACCUUUCUGAAGGGAGUGACCAUGCCCAACUCCGGGGCCGACAUCCUGGGGCGCCGGCUUGCCUCAGAGCUGCUGUUAGGCCUGGCAUCACAGAGGGGCUCCCUGCGGUACCUCUUGGAGUGGAUCGAAAUGGCCCUGGCAGCCUCCGCUGUGGUCAGCACCAUGGAGAAGAAUAAAGUUCUGCAGAACCAAGAGGGUCUUAUUGGAUAUGACUGCUUCAUGAAUAUCCUCAUGCAGAUGAGACGUUCUCUGGGCUCCUCAGCAGACCGCAGUCAGUGGAGAGAACCCACACGCUCAUCUGACGGCCUGUGUUCACUAUACGAGGCAGCGCUCUGCCUUUUCGAAGAAGUGUGUAGAAUGGCUUCGGACUACUCCCGGACCUGUGUGAGUCCGGACAGCAUCCAGACUGGCGAGGCACCCAUGGUGUCGGAGACCUGUGAAGUGUAUGUGUGGGGCAGUAACAGCAGCCACCAGCUGGUGGAAGGCACCCAGGAAAAGAUCCUGCAGCCCAAGUUAGCUUCUAGCUUUGCCGAUGCACAGACCAUCGAGGCGGGUCAAUACUGUACGUUUGUGAUCUCCUCUGAUGGGUCCGUGCGGGCAUGUGGCAAGGGAAGCUAUGGUCGCCUGGGACUGGGCGACUCCAACAACCAGUCGACGCUCAAGAAGCUGACCUUUGAACCCCACCGUGCCAUUAAGAAGGUGUCAUCAUCGAAGGGUUCAGAUGGCCACACAUUGGCCUUCACCACGGAGGGGGAGGUGUUCAGCUGGGGCGACGGGGACUACGGCAAGCUGGGCCACGGAAACAGCUCCACCCAGAAAUACCCCAAACUGAUCCAGGGUCCGCUCCAGGGCAAGGUGGUGGUGUGUGUGUCCGCUGGCUACCGACACAGCGCUGCAGUCAGUGAGGACGGGGAGCUGUACACAUGGGGAGAAGGAGAUUUUGGAAGAUUAGGUCACGGCGACAGCAACAGCAGAAACAUUCCUACGCUGGUCAAAGACAUCAGCAACGUGGCUGAAGUUUCCUGUGGGAGCUCUCACACCAUUACCCUGUCCAAGGAUGGACGCACUGUCUGGUCUUUCGGUGGAGGGGACAACGGGAAACUAGGCCAUGGGGACACCAACCGCGUCUACAAACCCAAAGUAGUGGAGGCCCUACAGGGCAUGUUCAUCAGGAAAGUGUGUGCAGGAAGCCAGUCCUCUCUAGCCCUCACCUCCACCGGACAGGUGUAUGCAUGGGGAUGUGGCGCUUGUCUGGGGUGUGGGUCCUCUGAGGCGACAGCGCUAAGACCCAAACUGAUUGAGGAGCUGGCUACAACCAGGGUGGUGGACAUUUCCAUAGGGGACAGUCACUGUCUGGCUCUGUCACAUGACAAUGAAGUCUACGCCUGGGGAAACAACUCCAUGGGGCAGUGUGGCCAGGGCAACUCCACUGGCCCCAUCACCAAACCCAAGAAGGUGGUGGGUCUGGAUGGCGUGGCAAUCCAGCAGAUCUCGGCAGGAACUUCCCACAGCCUGGCCUGGACUGCCCUGCCUAGGGACAGGCAGGUGGUGGCAUGGCACAGACCGUACUGUGUGGACCUGGAGGAGAGCACCUUCUCUCACCUGCGCUCCUUCCUGGAGCGCUACUGUGACGGCAUCAAUAGUGAGGUUCCGCCCCUUCCCUUCCCAUCCUCAAGAGAACAUCACAACUUCCUCAAACUGUGCCUGCGGCUACUGUCCAAUCACUUGGCGCUGGCGCUGGCUGGGGGCGUGGCCACCAGUAUCCUGGGCCGACAGGCACGGCCUCUGAGGAACCUGCUGUUCAGGCUGAUGGACUCCUCUGUACCAGAUGAGAUACAAGAGGCGGUGAUUGAGACCCUGUCUGUGGGAGCCACCAUGCUGCUGCCUCCUCUCAGAGAAAGGAUGGAGUUGCUUCACUCCCUGCUGCCUCAGGGUCCUGACAGAUGGGAGAGUCUCUCCAAAGGACAGAGGAUGCAGCUGGACAUCAUCCUGACUAGCCUCCAGGACCACACCCAUGUUGCAUCCCUGCUGGGAUACAGCUCUCCGGCUGAUGGUCCUGAGAAUUUGGCUUCCAGCCUGGCCUUCACUGCUCCACCAGACUCCUCCUACAGCAGCCCAGCCAGUCACCCUGACACCCAUCUGGCAGAGAUCCUCAUGAAGACCCUGCUUCGAAACCUGGGCUUCUACACUGACCAGGCUUUUGGCGAGCUGGAGAAGAACAGUGACAAACUGCAACAGGGGACCUCAUCAUCAGACAGCAGUCAGCCUGCACACCUCCAUCAGCUGCUGUGUUCUCUGCAGAAACAACUGCUGGCCUACUGUCACAUCAACAGUAUCACAGAGAACUCCAGCAGUGUGGCUCUGCUCCACAAGCACCUGCAGCUCCUGUUGCCUCAUGCCACCGACAUCUUCUCCCGCUCAGCCGCUCUGGUCAAAGAGAGCUCCUGGAAUGGCAGCAUUCAAGAGAAGCUUCAAGAGGUCAUCUAUGUGUCAGCAGCCGGCAGCAUGCUGUGUCAGAUUAUAAACUCCCUGCUCCUGCUCCCAGUGUGGGUGGCUCGGCCUCUGCUUGGUUCCCUGCUGGAUCUGCUGCCCCCACUGGACCGCCUCAACAGACUCCUGCCUGCUGCCUCCCCUCUAGAGGACCAGGAGUUGCAGUGGCCUUUGCACAGCACCCCAGACUUUGUGGAGCCAGUGUCAGGUACAUCCCUGGCACAGCCGGCCCUAUCGUGGGUGUGGCUGGUGGACCUGGAAAGGACGGCUGCCCUGUUGGUGGGGCGAUGUCUGGGGGGUAUGCUGCAGGGAGCCCCCACCUCCCUGGAGGAACAGGACACCUCUUACUGGCUCAAAACACCACUCUUUAGCAAUGGUCUGGAAAUGGACAUCCCACAGCUAGACACGUGUAUCAGCUCCUUGCUGGAGGCAGCCCUGUCUGGUAACGAGGAACAGAAACCGUUCGAGUUCACGCUGCGUCCGGACCUCAGCAUCCUGGUGGACCUGGCUCUGGGCUCCAGUAAAGAACCGGGCAGCAGCCUCUGGGUUAAUAUGCAGGAUUACGCCAUAAGCAAAGACUGGGACAACGCUUCUCUCAGUAAUGAAUCGCUAUUGGACACAGCGUCCAGGUUUGUGCUGGCAGUCCUACUGAAACACACCGGUCUGCUGAGGACAGCUUGUGGAGAAGGAAGGUACCAGCCCUGUAAGGCUCUGGCUGAAGUUUACCGCAGUGUGUACAAGGUCCGGAACCGCCUGCUGGCCUGCAAGAACAUGGACUUCAUUCAGACCCGCUCUUCCUCACGAGAGAGGAGGAUCUCUGACAACCAGGACUCUCUGGACAUGGACCCUCAGGAACACUCAUUCACGCGAACCAUCGAUGAGGAGGCGGAGCUUGAGGAGAGAGCGGACCGGGAGAGAGAGGAGGGUCAUCCAGAUCAGGAUGAUGAGGAGGAGGACAGAGACCAUGAAGUGAUGACAGCAGGCAAAAUCUUUCAAUGUUUCCUCUCAGCACGUGAGGCGGCUCGCAGCCGGGAGAGAGAACGGGCGAGCAGCAGCACAGGCCUGGGCUCUGGCGCCGGCGCCAGGGCCACAGGAGGCGGAGGAGGAGAGGAGGAUCCUUCUGUCUCGCAGGAGGAGAGGCGGGACAGUGCCAGUCUUCCAGAAGGUCAUGACCUUUACACAGCGGCCUGUAAUUCAGUCAUCCACCGCUGUGCCCUGCUGGUUCUGGGAGUGAGCCCUGUUUUGGCCGAGCUGUACAAACAGAACCAGGAGGAGGGAGCGAACCACUCAGCCAGCAGCGGGACCCAGGAGAGUCUGUGCUUCAUGACAAGGAGUGAGAGUCUGAGUGCAGAGAGUCGCUCAGUACAGAACAGUCCAAGUUACAGACUGCUGAAGUCCAGGAGCGAGUCUGACCUUUCCCAGCCUGAGUCUGAUGAAGAGGGUUACUCUCUGAGUGGGAGGAGGAACGUGGACAUGGAUCUGGCCUUCUCUCAUAAAAGGAGAGGCCUACUUCACAGCUCUCCAGACUCCCUGGCAGACUCCUGGUUCCGGGCAAAGCUAAGCCGCCAGCGGAGCUACAGCUCGGCCCACUCCUACGAAGAACUGGACAUGGACCUGAGCCGCUCCCUGGGCGUGCACGCUCUCAUAGACAACAUGGUCAGCUUCAUCAGCGGAGACGUAGGGUUUGCUCCGGCCUUUAAGGAGCCUGAGGAGGGCAUGUCCACCAGCCCCCAGGCUACCAUCCUCGCCAUGGAAACCCAGCAGAGCAGGGCUGAGCUGCGGUUAGAGGCUCUUCAUCAGAUUGUGGUGCUCAUCUCUGGCAUGGAGGAGAAAGGCAGCCAGCCUGGGGUUGUGGACCGUGGUAGCACUGCAUUCCAGUCCUCUUCCCUGCUCACAUCCGUCAGGCUGCAGUUCCUGGCUGGCUGCUUUGGCCUGGGCAGCGUGGGCACCACAGGGGUGAAGGGGGAGAGUGUCCAGCUCCACCACUACCAGGACGGUGUUAAAGCAGCCAAGAGGAGCCUGCAGAUGGACAUCCAGACAGCUGUCCAUAAGAUCUACCAGCAGCUGUCUGUCACUUUGGAGAGAGCACUGCAAGCCAACAAACACCACAUAGAGGCCCAGCAGCGUCUCUUGCUGGUGACUGUCUUUGCGCUGAGCGUGCGGUACCAGCCAGUAGAUGUUUCUCUGGCCAUCUCCAGCGGGUUGCUAAAUGUGCUUUCCCAGCUGUGCGGCACGGACACCAUGCUUGGUCAACCCCUCCAGCUGCUUCCCAAACCUGGGCUGUCCCAGCUCAGCACGGCCCUGGAGGUGGCCUCCACUCGCCUGCUGCAGAUCCUGGCCAUCAGCACUGGAACCUAUGCUGACAAACUUAGUCCAAAGGUAGUCCAGUCUCUGCUGGACCUGCUCUGUAGCCAGCUGAAAAACCUGCUGUCUCAAGCCGGGGUUGGCCCACUCUCCUCCAGUAAAGACCAGGAAAACUCCAAACAGGAAGAGUCCAAGCAGGAAGACAGCACCGACUCUGAGAAGAAGGACUUUAGAGCUCUGCUGCGUAAGCAGCACACUGCUGAGCUGCACCUUGGAGACUUCCUUGUUUUCCUGAGGAGGGUGGUGUCAUCCAAGGCCAUUCAAUCAAAGAUGGCCUCCCCCAAAUGGACUGAAGUACUGCUCAAUAUUGCUGCCCAGAAAUGCUGCUCAGGAGUUCCUCUAGUGGGGAAUUUGAGAACACGCCUGUUGGCGCUUCACGUUUUGGAAGCGGUGCUUCCUGCCUGUGAGGCCAAUGUGGAGGAGGACCAGAUGACCCAGGUGGUGGAGCGCCUGUUCGCCUUGCUGUCUGACUGCAUGUGGGAAGGCCCCAUCGCUCAAGCCAAGCACAGCAUCCAGGUCAAAGAGAAGAUGCAGGAACUCAAACUACAGGGUGAGGCAGAGGAGGAGGAUGAGAACUUGCCCAUCCAGGAAGUGUCAUUUGACCCCGAGAAGGCUCAGUGCUGUGUUGUAGAAAAUGGACAGGGGCUGACCCAUGGCAGUGGGGGUAAAGGAUAUGGCUUGGCCUCCACCGGUAUCUCCUCUGGCUGCUACCAGUGGAAGUUCUACAUUGUCAAGGAGAACCGUGGCAACGAGGGCACAUGUGUCGGCGUGUCCCGUUGGCCCGUGCAUGACUUUAACCACCGCACAACGUCGGACAUGUGGCUGUACCGAGCCUACAGUGGGAACCUUUAUCACAAUGGAGAGCAGACUCUGACUCUCAGCAGCUUCACACAGGGAGACUUCAUCACCUGCGUCCUGGACAUGGAGGCCAGAACCAUCUCCUUUGGCAAGAAUGGAGAGGAGCCGAAGUUAGCCUUUGAGGAUGUGGAUGCCGCAGAGCUCUACCCCUGUGUCAUGUUCUACAGCAGUAACCCUGGAGAGAAGGUGAAGAUCUGUGACAUGCAGAUGCGGGGUACACCCAGAGACUUGCUCCCUGGCGACCCGGUUUGCAGCCCUGUGGCCACUGUCCUGGUUGAAGCUACUACCCAGCUGAUCCGGAUCCUGCACCGCACAGACCACUGGAACCACCGUAUCAACAAGACCAUGAUCCACCGCCUCCACAAGAUCAAACCCUGCUUCAGAGAGUUGGCAGGGACAGCCAGCGGCGGCACAGGGGGUCAGAGACUGAAGAAGAGCCGCUCUGUACAGAGCCGGGAGGAGCACGAUGCCCAAAGAGAGAGCCACGACACACCCAGCAGGACGGAGGAGGACAGGGGUCGCCAUGGACGCCAGCAUGGCUUGGGGGAGCUAUCAGAGCAAAACCUCAGGACGCUCUGCACAGAGGUGUGGCCUGUGCUGGCUGUGAUUGGUGGAGCAGAUGCGGGUCUGCGUGUCGGAGGGCGCUGUGUCCACAAACAGACGGGCCGACAUGCCACUCUGCUGGGCGUGGUGAAGGAGGGCAGCACCUCGGCCAAGGUGCAGUGGGACGAGGCGGAGAUUACCAUCAGUGACACCCCACUGUACAACCUGGAGCCGUGUGAGCCGCUGCCCUUUGACGUGGCUCGUUUUCGCGGCCUCACCGCUUCGCUGAUCCUGGACCUCACCUACCUCACCAGCAUCCACGAGGAGGGUGGGGCCAAACUCAGCACGCGACGCCACGACAAGAAGCACCGCGCGGUGGCCCCCGCCGCCGCUAAUGAGGCAGCUACAAAUGAGAACAAGGCCGAUAACGAGGUGCACCAUCGCAAUGAGCCCAAGGAGAACGCCGGAGCUUCACCUGCCUCAGUCCCCGUCACUGCCGCCUCUGACCUGCGCUUGUCCCACAGCCUGGAUGAGGUCAAAGCACACGUGGCACCCAACUCCAAGUCCGACAAUGACAUUUCCUCCUACUCCUCAGGCCUGCAGCAGCAACAAGCUACAUUGACCACUGGGGGAGGGGCGAGUGAGACACCCUUCACUGCAGCCCCUCACACCCCCACCGAGGGGAACAGGAAGAAGGGCCAUGAGCAAGGAGUGCGCAGCCAUGAGCCGUCUGCUGCUACCCAGUCAGAGAUUCACGCUGUGCAGCUGUCCUACCUCUACCUCGGCGCCAUGAAGGCCCUGAGUGCCCUGCUGAGCUGCAGCAAGUACGCAGAGCUGCUGCUCAUCCCAAAGGUUCUCCCUGAGGCGGCAGCCAGUGGGCACAACGCUGACCUGACAUCAGCUGCUGGCUCUCCGGUGUGCCAGGAGGAGGUGGAGAUUCGGGCAGCGCUGCAGUUCCUGAUGCGUCACAUGGUGAAGCGGGCGGUGAUGCGCUCCCCCAUCAAGCGGGCACUGGGUCUGGCAGACCUGGAGCGAGCCCAGGCAGUGAUCUACAAACUGGUGGUCAACGGACUCCUGGAGGAGCCCAGUCCCGGGGCAAAGACCAAAAAUGGUGUGAAGAGUGAGCCGGAGGGUGAGGGGGAAGGAGUGGAGGGUGAGCAGCUGGCUCAGACACCGGUCACCACCAGUCCCUCUGCCUCCAGCACCACCUCCUUCAUGAGCUCCUCCCUGGAGGAUACCACCACGGCAACCACCCCUGUCACUGAUACCGAGACUGUCCCCGCCUCAGAGUCUCCAGGCGUCAUGCCUCUCAGCCUGCUCAGACAAAUGUUCUCCAGCUACCCAACCACCACCCUGCUCCCCACCCGGCGAGCCCAGACUCCUCCUGUCUCCUCCCUUCCCACCUCCCCCUCAGACGAAGUGGGCCGCCGACAGAGCCUCACCUCCCCUGACUCUCAAACCUCCAGGCCACAGAACAGAACAGGUACCUCCCUGUCCGACCCCAGCAGCAGGCUGUCUACCUCCCCCCCGCCUCCUGCCAUCGCUGUGCCCUUGUUGGAGAUGGGUUUCUCCUUGCGCCAGAUCACCAAGGCUCUGGAGGCCACCGGUGCUCGAGGAGAGGCUGACGCCCAGAACAUCACUGUGUUGGCCAUGUGGAUGAUAGAGCACCCGGGACCGGAGGAUGAGGAGGAGCCUUCCUCCGGUGGAGGUGGGAAUGGAUCUGGGUCUGACUCCUCCUGUCCCGGGGCCACUGCCUCUGCAGGAGGAGGUAAAUCCUUGGAUAGGAGCUCCUUCUUCUGCUCCCCUGGAGACAUGGGAGGUGCGGACGGAGCUGAGCUGGAGGAAGGCUUCAGCGAGAGCCCAGAGGGUCCAGAACAGGAGAGUGCUUCAGCUUCCAGCUGUCCUGCUCCCAGGGGGCGCUCUGCAGUCAGCAGGAAGCACCGCUUUGACCUGGCCGCUCGCACUCUGCUGGCCCGGGCUGCCGGUUUGUACCGCUCGGUGCAGGCCCAUCACAGCCAGACCCGGCGUGAGGUCUCCUCACUGCAGCAGCAGCCUGACCCCGGAGCGCUGUACGACUUCAAUUUGGACGAGGAGCUGGAGAUGGACCUGGACGAGGAGACAAUGGAGGCCAUGUUUGGCCAGGAUCUGGCCAGCGACACUGAGAUUCUGGGAAUGUGGAUCCCAGAGGUACUGGACUGGCCAACAUGGCAUGUGUGUGAGUCGGAGGAUCGGGAUGAGGUGGUGAUGUGUGAGCUGUGCGAGGCCAGCGUCGCCAACUUCAACCAGCACAUGAAGAAGAGUCACCCAGGCUGUGGACGCAGCGCCAACAGACAGGGUUACCGCAGUAAUGGCUCCUAUGUAGACGGCUGGUUUGGUGGGGAGUGUGGCAGCGGGAACCCUUACUACCUGCUCUGCGGGGGCUGCAGGGAGAGGUACCUCACCAUCAAGAGCAAGGCCAAGCUCCCACUGGUGGAAAGGUACAAAGGUCAGGCUCCAGACCUCCUGGGAAAGCAAGACAGUGUCUACGAAGAGGACUGGGACAUGUUGGAUGUUGAUGAAGAUGAGAGGCUGACAGGAGAGGAAGAGUUUGAGCUGCUGGCUGGCCCGUUGGGUCUGAGUGAACGGCGCCUCGUCCCAGAGGCCGUCCAGUUCCCUGACAGCGACCCACUGGGUGCCUCGGUUGCCAUGGUGACGGCGACCAACAGCAUGGAGGAGACCCUGCUGCAGAUAGGAUGUCAGAGCUCGGUGGAUAAGAGUUCCUCAGGCCGGAUGACCCUGGGCGAGCAGGCGGCGGCUCUCCAGAACCCUCAUGACCGGGUCAUGGCCCUGCGGAGGGUGACUGCUGCAGCCCAGGUUCUUUUGGCCAGAACCAUGGUGAUGAGGGCUCUGUCCCUUCUCUCCGUCAGUGGUUCUAGCUGUAGUCUGGCAGCAGGUCUGGAGUCUUUGGGUCUGACGGACAUCCGGACUCUCGUCAGGCUAAUGUGUUUGGCCGCAGCAGGCAGAGCAGGUCUCUCUACCAGUCCCCCCACCAGCUCGGGCUCCUCGGACAGGCCCCGCGGGGCCGCCAAGACCAGCAAACCCAUCUCCUGCCUGGCCUACCUCAGCACGGCUGUGGGCUGCCUGGCCUCCAACAGUCCCAGUGCUGCAAAGCUGCUGGUGCAGCUCUGCACUCAGAACCUUAUCUCUGCAGCUACGGGCAUGAACCUGACCACUGUGGACGACCCCAUCCAGAGGAAGUUCCUGCCUAGUUUCCUGCGUGCCGCGGCUGAGGAGAACAAGCUGGUUACGUCCCCUAACUUUGUGGUGACUCAGGCUCUGGUGGCCUUGCUGGCAGACAAAGGUGCCAGACUGAGACCGGCCUACGACAAGGCCGAUGUAGAGCGAAGAGGUCUAAUUGCACAUUUGUAUGCCCAUCCUUCCCAUAAUCCCUCCGCUGUAGGCCCCCUGGAGCUCGCCAACGCUCUGGCAGCCUGCUGCCUGUCCUCCAGGCUGUCCUCUCAGCACCGCCAGUGGGCCGCCCAGCAGCUGGUCCGCACGCUGGCCGCCCACGACCGCGACAACAACCACAGUCGGCCGCAGACCUUCGCUGACAUGGCGGGGGACCUGCGUAAGUGCUCCUUCAUCAAGCUGGAGGCGCACCAGAGCCGGGUCAUAACGUGUAGUUGGUGCAGUAAGAAAGGUCUGCUGGCUACAAGUGGGAAUGAUGGGACGGUGAGGGUGUGGAACGUGACCAAGAACCAGUACACCCUCCAGCAGACCUGCAUCUUCAACAAGACUGAGGGCUCUUCAGAGGAGGGCCUGACCUGCCUGGGCUCCCCCAGCGACCCCAGCCUGGCUCCUCUCUCGUGGAGUGUCACCGGCAGAUACAUGGCCUCCGCCGUGGAGAAAAUGGUCAACAUCUGGCAAGUCAACGGUGGGAAGGGCCUGCUGGACGUGCAGCCCCACUGGGUGUCGGCGCUGGCUUGGCCGGAGGGGGAGGCCAUGUCCCUGUGGAGUGGUGAGCCCAGAGACCUGCUCCUCGUGGGGCGCAUGGACGGGUCCCUGGGCCUCAUCGAGGUGCUGGAUGCCUCCACUAUGAACCGCACCGAGCUCCAGCAUUGCUACAGGAAAGAUGUGGCGGUGAUGCACAUAGCGUGGUACAGUGAAGACAAGCCGUUUGCUGUUGGCUACGCUGAUGGGAAGUUGCUUAUAGGAUCCAUUGAGCCUCUAGAAAAAGCAGCCAUCGUGGUCAUUGAUGCACACAAGGAGUCCAUUACCAGUAUGAAGUGGAAUCCUUGUGGUCAGAUCCUGCUGACCUGUGCCAAAGAGGAGACGGUGAAGCUGUGGACCAGCUCUGAGUCCAACCCAGGUCCUGGUCCAGGUACCGGAUGGCGCUGUCUGCAGAGCAUCACCCACCCAGCCCCGGUGAAUGGCGUGGCCUGGUGCCCUCUCCCUGGACACGGUGCCAAGCCCCUCAGCAUGCUAGCCACUUGUUGCCAGAACGGUCUGGUCUCUGUCUGGACGGUUCCUCAGGAUGUGUCAAACUUCCCAGAGUCCAGUUCUUCAAGCCCAGAGGCGUGGUGGGAGACUGAACCUAAACCCAAGUUCAAGUCCUCCCGAUGGCCAGAGGAGGGAGCUGUGUGUGUUUUCCAGCUGAAAGGUCACAUGACCCCAGUGAGGACGGUGGUCUUCAGUCCUGAUGGCCUCACCCUCGCCUCCGGAGGGGUGGGGGGCUUGAUGAAUAUUUGGUCCCUGAGGGACAGCUCGGUGCUGCAGACUGUCGUAGCGGGAUCAGGUGCCAUACAAUGCAUCGUCUGGAUUCCAGAUGUGGGCGUAGCUGUCUGCUCCAACAGGUCAAAGGACGUGCUGGUUGUGAACACUUCCACGGAGUUCAUUACCUCUAACCAUGUCCUGGCCACAUGUCGCACUGCCCUGAAGAGACAGGGUGUGGUCGGCCUCAGCACAGCACCUUGCAUGAAGGCCUUCCUGGAGAGGCUGCCCGUCAUGCUGCAGGAUCAGUACACCUACGAGAAGCCUCAUGUGGUGUGUGGGGAGCAGCUGGUCCACAGCCCAUACAUGCAGUGCUUGUCCUCGCUGGCCGUUGGCCUUCACCUGGACCAGCUCCUGUGCCGCGCCCCUGUGCCCCCCCACCUCCGGCAUAUUCCUCUGGAGUCUGGCACGGCCGUCUGGAGCGCCAGUGAGUGGGCCUGGCUGGAUUGCUUCUCUACCACGGUCAAGGCGGCAGAGGCCCUGGCGCGCGGUGCCACCUUCCCAGAAUCCUUCUGUGUGCCAGACCUGGAGCCUGUACCCAAAGAUGAAAUGGCCCUGCUCAUGGAUAACAGUAAGUGGGCAUCUGGUAUGGAUGAACAGAUCAUGUCCUGGGCCACUUCCAGACCAGAGGAUUGGCACCUUGGAGGGAAGUGUGAUGUGUAUCUGUGGGGCGCCGGGCGUCACGGCCAGCUGGCAGAGGCUGGCAGAAACAUCCUGGUACCAACCACUGCCCCAUCCUUCUCCCAGGCCCAGCAGGUGGUGUGUGGGCAGAACUGUACCUUCGUGAUCCAGCCCAAUGGGACAGUGUUGGCUUGCGGGGAGGGCAGCUAUGGUCGGCUGGGUCAGGGCAACUCUGAUGACUUGCACGUCUUAACCGUCAUCUCAGCGCUGCAAGGUUUCGUGGUGACCCAGCUGGUGACAUCAUGCGGCAGUGACGGCCAUUCGAUGGCGCUGACGGAGAGCGGCGAGGUGUUCAGCUGGGGGGACGGAGACUACGGUAAACUGGGCCACGGCAACAGUGACCGUCAGCGCCGACCCAGGCAAAUAGAGGCACUGCAGGGAGAGGAGGUGGUGCAGAUGUCGUGUGGAUUCAAACACUCUGCAGUGGUGACUGCAGAUGGGAAGCUGUUCACCUUUGGAAAUGGUGACUACGGCAGGCUGGGUCUGGGCAACACCUCCAACAAGAAGCUACCAGAGAAGGUGACCGCCCUGGAGGGUUACCAGGUUGGACAGGUGGCCUGUGGUCUGAACCACACACUGGCAGUGUCGGCGGAUGGAACGAUGGUGUGGGCGUUUGGAGAUGGAGAUUAUGGAAAACUGGGACUAGGGAACUCCACGGCCAAGUCUUCCCCUCAGAAAGUGGACGUCCUUUGUGGAAUUGGGAUUAAAAAAGUGGCCUGUGGGACCCAGUUUUCUGUGGCUUUAACCAAAGAUGGAAAUGUGUUUACAUUUGGCCAAGAUCGUCUGAUUGGUUUACCAGAAGGGCGUGCAAGGAACCAUAACCGGCCCCAGCAGGUUCCCUCGCUGGCAGGAAUCUUCAUCCAGGACAUUGCUGUGGGAGCAGAACACACGCUGGUCCUGUCCGCCACCGGGGACGUCUACACCUGGGGCAGCAACUCGGAGGGACAGCUUGGUCUGGGCCACACCAACCAUGUGAGAGAGCCCACACUGGUGAUGGCGCUGCAGGGAAAGAACAUCAACCAGAUCUCUGCUGGUCGCUGCCACAGCUCAGCCUGGACCGCCCCGUCUGUACCUCCCAGAGCACCAGGUUCGUCAGUGCCUUUGCAGCUGGGUCUUCCUGUAGUGGUUCCUCCUCAGUACAGCGGUCUGAAGGAGGUCAGCAUUGAUGCGGUGAGGGCUCGUCUGAGGGUCCUCUACCACUUCUCUGACCUGAUGUACUCCUCCUGGAGGCUGCUUAAUCUGAGUCCUAAUAACCAGAGCUGUGCUUCCCACUACAACGCUGGCACAUGGGGUAUUGUUCAAGGUCAACUGAGGCCCUUGUUGGCCCCCAGGGUCUACACUUUGCCCAUGGUACGCUCCAUAGGAAAGACCAUGGUGCAAGGCAAGAACUAUGGCCCCCAGAUCACCGUGAAGAGAAUCUCCACACGGGGCAGGAAAUGUAAGCCCAUCUUUGUGCAGAUCGCACGUCAAGUCGUGAAGCUGAAUGCCUCGGACCUGCGGCUUCCCUCCAGGGCCUGGAAGGUGAAGCUAGUAGGGGAGGGAGCGGACGAUGCAGGUGGGGUGUUUGAUGACACCAUCACAGAGAUGUGCCAGGAGUUGGAAACAGGAGUUGUAGACCUCCUCAUCCCUUCCCCCAAUGCCACAGCCGAGGUCGGCUACAACAGAGACAGGUUCCUCCUCAAUCCAUCGUCCUGUCUGGAUGAACACCUGCUCCAGUUUAAGUUCCUUGGCAUCUUGAUGGGCGUGGCCAUCCGCACCAAGAAGCCGCUGGACUUGCACUUAGCGCCCCUGGUGUGGAAGCAGAUGUGCUGCAUCCCUCUGCUGCUGGAGGAUCUGGAGGAGGUGGACCUCCUCUACGUCCAGACACUCAACAGCAUUCUUCACAUUGAAGACAGUGGCAUCACCGAGGACAACUUCCAUGAGAUGAUUCCUCUGGAUUCCUUCGUCGGACAGAGUGCCGACGGUAAAAUGGUUCCCAUCAUCCCGGGAGGGAACAGUAUUCCUCUCACCUUCUCCAACAGGAAGGAGUACGUGGAGAGAGCCAUCGAAUACAGGCUGCAUGAGAUCGAUCGACAGGUGGCGGCGGUGCGUGAGGGCAUGUCGUGGAUCGUGCCGGUGCCGCUGCUGUCCCUGCUGACGGCCAAGCAGCUGGAGCAGAUGGUGUGUGGGAUGCCGGAGAUCUGCUGCGACGUCCUGAAGAAGGUGGUGCGCUACCGCGAGGUGGACGAGCAGCACUGCCUGGUCCAGUGGUUCUGGCAGACGCUCGACCAGUUCUCGAACGAGGAGCGGGUGCUCUUCAUGCGCUUCGUUUCGGGACGCUCGCGCCUGCCGGCAAACACCGCCGACAUCUCUCAGAGGUUCCAGAUCAUGAAGGUGGACAGGCCAUACGACAGCCUGCCCACCUCCCAGACCUGUUUCUUCCAGCUGCGCCUCCCCCCGUACUCCAGCCAGGCGGUGAUGGCGGAGAGGCUCCGCUACGCCAUCAAUAACUGCCGGUCCAUCGACAUGGACAACUACAUGCUGUCCCGCAACGUGGACAACGCGGAGGGCUCGGACACCGACUACUGAGGCACACACACACCCACACAAACCUGUGUACAUGAUAUACACGACACGCACACACAGUACACACAAUGUGUGUAGAAUACCAACACAAAGGGGACAAUACAGAGGCCACACACA